GGCGGAAGUUGUCCCCGCGGUGGCGGCGGAGAAUAAGGCCUUCGUACGGCAACAGGGACGCUCCGGUAGGCUGGAGCUGGGAGCGCGGAGCCGUCUGAAGACUGCUCUUCGAUGGCCAUGACAUAAGGAACAUUAUCCUGGGAACACAACUUUGCUCUCGGGGAGAUGCCAACAAACGUUUAUUCAUCCCAGAUAGGGCACCAAGGACAGAGCAAAGUACGAUUCCACCAAAGUCCAACUUGUCGAACCACACUAAACAAGAUUGGUGAUGAAAUGGAGCCUGGAACAAACUCUUUUCAAGUAGAGUUUCCAGAUUUUUCCAGCACCAUUCUGCAGAAACUAAACCAGCAGCGCCAGCAAGGACAGUUAUGUGACGUCUCCAUUGUUGUCCAAGGCCACAUUUUCCAGGCACACAAAGCCGUUCUUGCUGCCAGUUCACCCUACUUUUGUGACCAAGUACUCCUGAAAAACAGUAGGAGAAUUGUUUUGCCUGAUGUGAUGAACCCAAGAGUGUUUGAGAACAUUCUUUUAUUUAGUUACACAGGACGCCUUGUAAUGCCUGCUCCAGAAAUUGUUAGUUACUUAACAGCAGCCAGCUUCCUCCAGAUGUGGCAUGUGGUGGACAAGUGCACCGAGGUUCUGGAGGGAAACCCCACAGUCUUGUGUCAGAAGCUAAACCAUGGCAGUGACCACCAGUCCCCCAGCAGCAGUAACUACAAUGGCCUGGCCGAGAGCUUUGAGCUGGGCUCUGGGGGCCACACUGAUUUCCCCAAAGCCCAGGAGCUGAGGGAUGGCGAAAACGAAGAGGAGAGCACCAAAGACGAGCUGUCAUCUCAGGUCACCGAGCACGAGUAUCUGCCCAGUAACUCGUCCACGGAGCAUGACCGCCUGAGCACCGAGAUGGCCAGCCAGGACGGGGAGGAGGGGACCAACGACAGCACAGAGUUCCACUACACCCGGCCUCUGUAUAGCAAGCCCAGCAUCAUGCCUCACAGGCGCUGGAUCCAUGUGAAGCCUGAGCGCCUGGAACAGCCUUGGGAUGGCAUGGAUGUGCACGCAGCCUACGAUGAGCACCAGGUCUCCGAGUCCGUCAACACCAUGCAGACAGAUCACUCGGCCCAGCCUUCGGGAGCGGAGGAGGAGUUCCAGAUUGUGGAGAAGAAAGUGGAAGUAGAGUUCGACGAGCAUGCAGAGGGCAGUAACUACGACGAGCAGGUGGACUUCUACGGCUCCUCCAUGGAGGAGUUCUCUGGAGAAAAGUUGGGGGGCGGUCUAAUUGGACACAAACAGGAGACUGCCCUUGCAGCAGGCUACAGUGAGAACAUUGAGAUGGUGAUGGGGAUAAAAGAAGAGGCGUCCCACUUAGGAUUCUCAGCCACCGACAAGCUGUAUCCUUGUCAGUGUGGGAAAAGUUUCACGCACAAAAGUCAGCGAGAUCGACACAUGAGCAUGCACCUCGGUCUGCGCCCGUAUGGCUGCAGUGUCUGUGGUAAGAAAUUCAAAAUGAAGCACCAUCUCGUGGGCCACAUGAAAAUUCAUACCGGCAUAAAGCCCUACGAGUGUAAUAUCUGUGCAAAGAGAUUUAUGUGGAGGGACAGUUUCCACAGGCAUGUGACUUCUUGUACCAAGUCCUAUGAAGCUGCAAAGGCUGGGCAGAAUACGACUGAGGCUAACUAAAAAUAGGGUCUGGCCCUUGAGUGGCAUGCACAAAAAUAAACUAUGGUAAUUAAUGCAAAUCUGGGCACAGAUGAUGCGUGCCACUUGCUAUUAUGAGAGAGGCUUAAAAAAAAAGGAAGAUAUUUCUGAAAGACCAGCUCUAAGUAGGCCAAUUAAAAGAUUUAAUUUCUCAAAUCUGUAUGUUCCCAUCCUGGCCUAGAAUGGAUGAUGGGGAUAAGUUCACCCAGUGCCCAGCUGGCAAGACAGCCCUUCCAGCCAGCAGUGGUUAAGGCAGGGGACUGGAUGGCAGACUCUCACACCAGUCCUGCCCAGGUGGCAGCGGCCGGCUGUCACCAUUGUCCCGGGUCUUGUUACAUUUGUUCUCCUGGUAGCUUCAGGGCUUCUGGGCUUUGCUUUGGUAGCUGCGUCACUGGAUGCUGCUCCCCUCAAGGCUACAGCGAGGACUCCUGGGCUGAGCUACGAGCAGAGCUCUGUUUGUUCUAUUUUCGUAUGUUCUAAAGGUUCUAGUUAAAGCCAUGGUGACAUUAGACGGGGCUUCUGAGUCCGAAUCAGGAGACAGUGUCACCGUGCUGCAGGCUCUGGAGAAGGCACAGUUUUAUGUUUGUGUUUGGUUAAGUCUUCAGGUGCCAGAGACAGAGCUUUCUAGUUGGUGUGUUGUCCUAAGCUUCCCUCAGUUAAUGGCAGGAGAUGACCGGUUUGCAGUGACACACGACAGUGCUGGCUAGUAGUGGCCUGUGGCUCCCUGCCUUAGAUCACGGUGCUUCCCAACAAGGCCAGCCAGGGACCACAGCUCAUGAGACUAAGCCAGAAUGUGUGGCUAAGAGUUCCCUGUGAGCAAGACACUUAUAACAGAAGGCUUGAGAAAAGAAUCUUAAAAACACUGGCGUGGGGAGUGCUGUUGUAGAGGGUGGGCUAGGCAGUAUUGUCAGCUUUGUGAGAGCUGGAACAUGGCUUCCAAGGGGAUGGGAGCCUACAUUAAGCAACAUCAUCUAGAGACUCUGUUCCCCAGUCACAGAGAAAGCCGCGUUUACAAGUCCCAAUAGUUUAUACACACAUGUGCAGGCGCACACACACCCACACUCACACUUCACCACCACCAUCUCCUCACUCCCGCAAGGACGAGGCUGCCCUUGAGGUCUUUUCUGCAUGGUCAGACGUCUUAGGUUGGAAAGAAAGCUUGUGUUCAGAAAGCUUUUAAGCGUGUGACAGUUCUGAGGCUCUUGCUGGGUAGGGGUCUAGUGCUCUUUCCAUCACUGGAAUAAUACACUCGGAGCAAAGCAACUUAGGGAGGAAAGGGUUUGUAUUAGCUCACACUACCAUCAUGGAGGAAACCACAGCAGGAACGGGAAUGUUGACAGUCCAGACAGUUGGCCAGUCAUGCCCACAGGCCACUCCCUCAGUGGAGACUCGCUUCCUCUAUGACUCUAGGUUGUGUCAGAGCUAGCUAGGCAGUAGGACAGGGUUUUACUCCUAUAUCAUCUGUUUCGUUCCUAAAGUUCGACUUUCUCUAAUAUGACAGACAUUACUGGCAAAAGUGUCUGAUAUUUAGGCUCUGAACAAAGGAUGUACCUUUGACCUUUGUCUGGAAAGAGGAAAGAAAAUGUGGACUGGCCAGUAAACGUUUGUAAUCAAGAUUACAAAACAGGGAUCUAUUUACAAACACUGUAUCAAUCUUGGCAUAUAAAGCACUUUGUAUUAAAACUUUAUUAUAAGUAUAGAUGUAGGUUUUUUUUUUUAACCUAGAAACUAGAUGUUACCUCCUAGUGGUUUGCUACAUUAAGAUCUUCCAGUGUCUGCCAGUCAGCGACUGUCCUUGUCCCUGAGAAGUGAGUGCAGAUGGACAGUCACACUCACAGGCACACUCACGCCUCCUACUCUUCACACAGAGGCCAGCGGGUUUAGGGAUGACCCGCUGUGUGAGGGCGAAGUGGUUUUGGCUUCUUAGUAUUUCUACACUGGGGCAGUUAAGCCGUUUUGUUGUCAGAAGCAGCCCUCUUGUUCACACCUACCUGCCUCCCAUCGGAGUCUAUUCGUACAAGAGCUGAGACCCUUGCAGAGAAGAAUUAGAGGGUAAAAGAACCACCAUGGGGACACCCUGGUCCUGGGGUUGUACUGAGUCAGGAUCCUUUGUCAUGGUGCUGACAAAGCUUUUGAGUUGGAAUGUGGCAAACCCUGUGAGAAGGUGGGGUGUCAUGGUCUAGAAUGUGAAGUGAGGCUUCUGGCCUCCCUUUCCCAAUAGAGAGUCUUUCUGGCCGCCUGCCUCCUGCAGUACUAGUCUCUCCCCUCACCACUGCCUUAGAAAUCCUCACCCUUCCGAACAAGCUCGAGUAGUUGUGGGCAGCACUGUCCAGCGUUUCAGGGAUUGUCAGUGGCCCACCAGCAAAGCGCAUGUCUCUACACUUGGCUGGUUUUCUCCAGUCCUCAUACGAAAGGGCUUCAAGGCCCCGCUGCUUGCAUUUCCUAAUCGGCAGGCACCAUGGCUUAACUUCUUGGAUGUACAUCACAGGAGCUCCUUUUGUGUUGUGGUUUGCCCUCGUGCUCCUCUGAGCCCUGGCCCAUGACCUCGAAUUUCUGUUCUCCCCUUCUCCGCCCACAUUCUUAGAGCCCGCAUUAAAGGCUCCCCUACAUUGCAGGAAGUGUUUCCUGAACUACUCUGACCUGGGCGGGUUUUUAGCAGUUGGGAAAGCUGCGAGCUGCAGUGGGUGGCAAAGUUGAGGAAUAUUUGGGAAAGUCCCUAGGGUCAGGGUGGCACUCCACCUCGUCCACAAAUGUGGUUGUUUCCUAAACUCUCAGAUACACGGGGAAUGCUGAGGCCAGCGGGCCAGGAUCUAGGCCUCCUGGAAUCUAGGCUGCCUUGACUGGUAACUAACUUUAUCCAGUGAAUCCUGAGUUGCUUUGGGUUUUGUUCUUGGUUUUUGUUUUUUGUUUUGUUUUGUUUUGUUUUGUUUCUCUCUCUCUCUCUGCUAUUUACAUAUUUAAAGGUACUGUUUUGCAAACCUCUACUGAUAGUGCCCUGUGGGAAGAUGCUGGAACGCCGUUUGCAAAUGUGAUUUUGUUUUUCUUUUUAAAUGUUGCUUGAAGCCUGUGUCGUCUCAGUUGCUGCUGCCUCCUUUCUUUUUAUGAGGUUCCCAAUGUUUCUUCCAGAAAGUUAUUUUAUUUAUGCAGGUCAGGUGACUCUUAGGCCCCAGAACCAUGGGAUGGUAAGCAGAUUGUUGUUAGGUGCGUAUCAUGGAUACUUGGUGAACCACCUGUGUUUUAGAAGUUAAAUAGUUCUCUCUAGAAUUGCUGUCUUCAGUGUACAGCGUGGUUUUAAUUGAAUGUUACUGUUUAAUAUUUUCUUCUUAUAGAAGAGACCAUGUCCUUUUGUAUGACAAGUUUUAAUAAAUGUUACCUGUCCAUUUUGUA